CGCGGCGGCGGCAGGGCGACGUGGCGCGGCCGGCUGCGGCUGCGCAGGCAGGUGGAGCAAGAUGGCUGUGGAGCUGGGUGUGCUGGUCGUCCGGCCCCGGCCCGGAACCGGGCUGGAUAGAGUGAUGCGGGCCCUCCUGCUGCUGCUGUGGCUGGCGACGCGCGGAAGCGCGCUCUACUUUCACAUCGGAGAGACGGAGAAGAAGUGCUUUAUUGAGGAGAUCCCAGACGAGACCAUGGUCAUAGGAAACUACCGGACGCAGCUGUAUGACAAGCAGCGGGAGGAGUAUCAGCCGGCCACCCCGGGGCUUGGCAUGUUUGUGGAGGUGAAGGACCCAGAGGACAAGGUCAUCCUGGCCCGGCAGUAUGGCUCCGAGGGCAGGUUCACUUUCACCUCCCAUACCCCUGGCGAGCACCAGAUCUGUCUUCACUCCAAUUCCACCAAGUUCUCCCUCUUUGCUGGAGGCAUGCUGAGAGUUCACCUGGACAUCCAGGUAGGUGAACAUGCCAACGACUAUGCAGAAAUUGCUGCUAAAGACAAGUUGAGUGAGUUGCAGCUACGAGUGCGACAGCUGGUGGAACAAGUGGAGCAGAUCCAGAAAGAGCAGAACUACCAGCGGUGGCGAGAGGAGCGCUUCCGGCAGACCAGUGAGAGCACCAACCAGCGGGUGCUGUGGUGGUCCAUUCUGCAGACCCUCAUCCUCGUGGCCAUCGGUGUCUGGCAGAUGCGGCACCUCAAGAGCUUCUUUGAAGCCAAGAAGCUUGUGUAGCUGUCCCAGGUGUCACAACCCAUCCUCCCAGGCUGGAGGAGAAAGGACCUCCUGGAACUGACUUCUUCUGUCAGGAGGACUGGUUUCCAGCCAUACCUGUUCUGGAAGGGAGAGGGGCUGGAGGCACCCACAGGCACAAGCUGAAGGCAGCAGCUUGGCUAGUACUGAGCAGGUGGUGGGGCAAAUUCCUGCCCUGUCUCUCUGGCCUCUGGGCCCUUUGGCAGUAAUCACCCAGGGGCUGGUAAAGCCCCUCCUCUUGGCACCUCAGAAUCACAGUGUUACUGAUCAGGGAUGUGAGGCUGCUGUUGGGGGUUGGGGGAGGGGAAUGGGCAGGCAAGCCAGUCUUCUGUCUUCCUUUGCUAACUUAGGGUUUUAAGCAGGUUGGGGUAUGGUGCCUGUCAUACCCACCUGCCACCCUGGGAACCUCACUGUUCUCUCUUUCAGCCUAGACCUGCUGAUCCAGGGUGUGUGUGAGUUGAGGGUGGGUGGAGGGGUUUGCAGUAUGGGAAUGUGGCCCUGCAGUUGACCUGAGCUGCUUCACAUGGUUGUCCAUUCUGGGGCUUAAAGAACUGGGACCAGGCCAAGUAGAGGCCUUGGUGCUGGUUGGGGUGGGGCCUGCAGAGUCUUAGUUACUGAUUUCAUUUUCAAUAAAUUUAGGUUUGUUACAUGAGUUUCCCAAUAAAAAAAAAAUGACUUCUUGUCCAGUG